AAAUUGACAGUAGCGCAUGUAUCAACUAGUUCCUCCUUAUGAUUGCUGAGCCUAUAGAUCGAUCUAAUGUAUAUGCUUUGUUACAUUACAAAAUACAAAUACAAGACCGUUUUUAGUCAUUUGUGGCACUAGCCACAUUCAUGUAUGUGAUUUAUGUAUUUGUCUCUUUAAAACCCCCUUUAAGACGUGAUGGGUCUGUCUGACCAACCAGAGUCAACUGACGCUAAAUCAACCAAACAGUAGAGUUUAUAGUUUCUAGGCGACCCUUCAAAACUUUUGGUUACAUUAUUGUGCUUGUUUGUAAGCUGUUUUUGUAGGCCCUAUUUUGUUUUUAUUUUGAAAUGUAUUCCUACAACAAAGAUUUUUAUAGGCAUGAUACAAAAAUAACCGAUGUUGACAAAAAGAAAUUCGCUAUGGUAUUCCAACAUUGUGAUGAAGAUAAAAAAGGAUACCUAAGCAGAGAAGACGUUAAGGUUGCUGUUGUCAUGCUGUUUGGAUAUAAGCCUUCAAAGACAGAGACAGAUGUAAUGAUGGCUUCAAUUAUGCAAGCAAACAUACCUGGUGAUUUGACAAGCAAGACCUCAGUAAAUAAACCCAAGUAUAAAGGUAUGCCUUUGGAUCACUUUGUAAGUCUCAUGGGAAGAAAACUGGCAGCACAAGAUAACUACGAAAAGACGAGACAGAUCUUCACAGGAUUUGAUAUCCAUUGUCAUGGAUUUUUGACUGUGGAAGACUUCAAAAAGGCAUUUGCCUCUGUUGCAUCCCAUUUAUCCGAGCGGACAGUACAGGAAGCUUUCAGGGAAGUUGAUCGGGAUUCAGAUGGCCACGUCAGCUUCAAGGAUUUCGAGUUUGUCAUCAAUUAUGGGCAAGAUGAUGUAUAGCCCCUGGAUGCUGCUGUUUCACAAAACGACUGCAUUCAAUUGGGUUUACUUCCACAACAAAUCUGAUUUGUGGAUUCACCCUUUUCUUUGUGGAGUUGACCAUGGUAAAACGACUGUGUCUUCAUAAAGGAUGCCAAAAUUGCAUGUGUGCUGCACUCUAUUCAAUUGAGCUUUUUGUACAGAGGUUGUGCAAUAGUAAUCUAAUCUGCUGAGGGUAAAUGAUCCUACAGUAUUUUAAAACCUCCGGUCAUACUAUAUAUUCAUUCAGGAUUGAUGUUACUUUGCACUGAAUAUAGAUUAUUUCCUUAUUCAUAAUAUACACAAUUAUAUAAUAUUCAAUAAUUCACAAGGUCAAGUUCUUUUUCGUUCUUGGUCAGAUUGCUUUUGUUCUUGGUCAGAUUGAAACAUUACUGGUCUUUUUUGCUUUCACAAAAGUAUUGAAUUUAUAUAUAAAAAAAAUGACAUGGCCGAUACAUACUUUGUGAUCUUCCGUGGCUGGUAAUCAGAACAUAGCCGAGACAGUCAAUUUGAAAGGUGGGUGGACUACAUGUCAGAUUUUUUAAUAUGAAACCUGGUGUCAGAUUUCAUCCAACACUGUUUAAAAGGUAAGCAUUUAGCCAAUUUCAUAUGUGAGUGCUUCAGAACCAGAGUAGCCUAGAUUAUAUCAUUUUGAGAAAAUACAAACCAAAGUUUCAAGGCUUUCAUUAUUGUUUAAAAUAAAAAAAAAAAAAAAAUCAACUGUCAACAAGUUUAGUAGAUAGUAGGUGAAGGAUGAAAUAAAAUUGUGUGAACAUUGUAUUGCAGUCAGCCCUUGGCAGCAUGCCUAGAUUCCCUAUUCUAAAUGUAAUAUUGGCCACUUUGGUUCUGAACCACUUAUUUUAGGUGCAUUCUAGUGUCAGGCUAACUGUAAAUGAUUACUGACACUGUGCACAAUCAGAGUGCAUUGUCAUACUGAUGUAUUAGAAUAGAGUAUUCAGGAAUUUUUUUUUUUUUUUAAAGCUACAGACUUACCUGAAUGUAUUUUGUGUAAGCAACAUGAAUGCCAAAAAGUGCAAUAUUAAUUUGAUGUUUGGUUUAUCUCCUGGAGAUUAGCACACAUGACAUUUUUAAUUGGCCAUUGCUUGUUAAAGCCUGGUCUUCAUCUUCAGGGAUUGCUGGAAUGAAUCAGCUGCUAGCUCUCAAAGACUGCGCCAUGUUCGUGUGCAGUGGCAAAUGUAUUGUAUGUAAACAGAGAUCGGCAUAAUAAGAGGAACAGUUACAUUUUUCAAUGA